GGUGACAAACACUCCUUUCACUGUUUGUCUCGUGAUGGACGAACGGCGGGGUGGUCCCUCGAUCUUUGACAUGGUUUACCAUGCCUGAGAUACUGGACCAAUGUUUGUCAAGCUAGAAUCAUGUCGUCCUCUGAUAGCGAGAAUGUAUCCGGUCAGUCCUAUGGGUCGAGCUCUCAGCCAUCUUCCUCUUCCCACUCUGAAUCUUCUUCUCCCCCUGUCACUCCUUUGAUUCGCCGCCCCUCCCAGCAGUCUGGUUCUCAGGCCCGGGAAAUAAUUGCCCAGGAGCCUAUCCCUUUGAACCAACUGCUCGGUCGGUUCAAUCCCAAGGUCCUCAGCUGGGACCAAUGGGAAGAGCGACUGGGAUCGCUGGGCUACCUAGCCCUUGACUCCGGACCGGUCUUCAAGGAGUCCUCUAGGGUUACAAAAAAGGUUCUGGCUGAAGUCCGUUCUGUCCUUCCACCGGGCUACAAAAUCCUCUCCAAAACUUCAUGGCCCAAUAUCAUUGAACCCCACCAAGGAAACCGGUUGGGUUUUCACGUUGCUUUGCUGGAGGGAGGCAUUAUCUUUCCCCUUUGCCCCCUCCUCAUAGAAAUCUGUAACAAGUUCAAUAUUUUGCCCGGUCAGCUUACUCCAAAUGCUCACCGGUUCUUGAACUGUUUUGUCAAUAUUUGUGAUUCUCUAAAAAUCAAACCUUCCCUCGAUCUUUUCCUUCACAUGUAUGAUGUCUUGCCCGGGACUAGUAACUGCCCGGGCUUUAUUUACUUCUAUUCCCGAGCCAACUCUAGGGGUUUUCUGACCGGUCUUCCCCCUAGCCAUAAGAAAUGGAAGCAAAGAUUUGUUUUCAUUGAGUUCCCCUUUGACAAAUUUCCACUCUCUAACCGUGAGUGGGCUGACCGGGUUAUAAAACCUGAAAGGGUUCACCAGAAGCCCACUAAAGAGCUAGAGGACGCGUGCGAGAGACUUCUCAAGGGUGAUCCCGUGACCGGUAAGCCAUACGCCUAUGGUGGAUGGGUAUACCGGUUACCUAACCCGGAUGGGGGUGUGUCUGCGACCCAUGAUGCAGAAGAUGACUGGGCCAAGUCCCAGCAUGGUCAUGCUGAGGGCAGUUCUCCUCAUCCAGACAUGAACUUCACCAGGAUCUCCACCAUCUUCGAAGAUGACGACGAUGAUGUUGAAGUCCUCCACUCCAACCGGUCUCCCAAUAACAACCCUCCUUCUCCUCCUCAGAACCUUGGGAUGGAAGGGGCUUCAUCUACCCGGUGCACUUCCCUUGACGAUCUCAUCCGAGAUAAGAAGGUGAAGUCCCCUUCGGCCACCCAUCUCUUUGAGGAUGACCGGGUUGAUUCUCUCCAGGUCCAGGUCGAAUCCAAGUCUAACGAGGCCGGCCAUUCUUCUUCCCGUGCUAAGGGCCAGAAAAGGAAGGGCUCCCAUAAGAGUCCAAAGAGGGGCAAGAAGAAGAAGACCGGGUCGCUUGACCUGGAGGGGGAGUCGGUUGAAGAGGCCUUCAUAGCCUUGACCAGAAGACUCCAAAAGGUUGGAGUCCUUUCUGAAGAGAUUGGCCAAACACUCAUCGAGCCAACCAGCCAUCCCUCUCAACUGAAUGUCCUGCUUGAUUCGGCCAGAUCAGAAAUAAAUGACCUGGUCGAGAGGGAGAGACGGUUGGAGGUAGAGCUGAGGACUGAGAGGGCCAAGUUUGAGGAGGAAAGGGCCUUGCUGGAGGAGGAGAGGGCAAGAUCUGCCCGUUUGGAGGAGGAGGGGAAGAGGAAGGUCGUAGAGCUUGAGGAAGCUGUUGGAGUUGUGUCCUGAUGGCCAACUGUUUAUCGUUAUUCUAUCAUGUAUAGGCAGAUAUAAUAUGUUUACACAUCUCAUGCUAAUAUAUUAUCUAGAGAUAAUAGGAUGCCGGACUGACCCAUCCUAAAGAUGUUGCUUGAACUUUUAGUUCAUGCUCUAAGCAUCUUUAGCGCGACCACGGGUGUAACUAUCCUUCGACUUGAACUAUUACGUUUUCUGCAUAUGUGAACCCGCAUACUUUGAUGCAUUGUCCUAAGCCAUAUGAAAUAAGGAUGGUAUACAUGCUUUGUUUUGGGUAUGCCGCAGCGCAUAUUCAGAAACGUAGAUUACGUACAUAGGAUUUGUCACUACUCUUUUUAAGAGAUUAAUGUCUUAUGGGGCCCACUGAUAAUUUAUUUGAUUAUAAUGCGGCCUGCGUGUCGUGCCUUAUCUCAUAAACUCUUGUUGUAAAUCUAUUUCUCUCUCUUACCUCAACCGAGGAUUCUUUUCUCACGUGGUGGUUUGAAGAUGAAAAGAUUUGAAAACCGUUUGAAGAAAUCUAAAAGAAUGGAGAUAGCCCGAAGUCCAAGUGCCUAGAAGCUAGUGGAAGCUAUCGUUUUAUUUUUCUUUUAGGGGCCACACUCAUUACACGUUUAUUUACUGCGUUUUGUGAAUGCACGUUGAAUGUAUGUUGAACGCUAGUAAUGGACAUGUGCGCGGCCAUGUCGAUAGGCGAGAUCGAAAUUAUAAAUCCCUCACGAAUAUUAAGUCUGUCGCCUUCUGACGCUCGGCACCUAUCCGGCUAAUGUGCACUGUCAUGUACUCAGCCUCAGCAGAGCAUAGUACAGUGUAUAUUAAGCUGGUUACGGGAACCGCCAUAGCGUGGUCGCUGUCGCACGUUGGGUUAGACUUAACUGAGUCUCGGUCAAAUGGAUGGACGACUCAGAGGCAGUAAGUUGGGGUCAUCAAUGACAAGUCGGAUGAUUUACUCACUCAUCCAGCCAGGAAUUGGAUCUUUAUGAUUUAAUUGGAACUCUAUUCCUAACCAAAGUAGUCUGCUUGUAAGACGUGCCUCAGCCAAUUACAAGUAUGGUGAAAAGGUGUCCUGGUCCGGUUGUAGUAAUAUUGUUCGCCCAACACCAGACCAAGAGCUGAGAGCCCGGCUCAUCAGUUGGAACUAUGUUCCUACCUAAAUAGUUGUCUUGUGGAGUAACGCCCAAGCGGAACGCAAGAUAAUGAAAUAUGGAUCUUGGCCCACUAGAGGUUUCGUCGGAAAUCUCCAAAUCAAUAUCGAGGGUUAUUGAUUUGUUAAAAAUAGUGGGAGAUAAUUAAUUAAAGGCCUAAUUAAUUA